AUGAUGUCCCAGACUGCUCUCUUCAGCGUGCUCGGCUCGGUGCCUGUGCUCAACGCCCUGACGUCACCCGCACCCUGUGACGCACUGCCGGCCACCCUGUCCAAAGCCACCUCUCCAAAGACGGUCAACAUCCUCAGCUCCCCAGGCGGCGUCACCAUCAGGGGCGGCGGCGUCCCGCCCUACAACCUCACCUACCUGACGCCCCUCCCGCUCGCCAAGUCCACCGCGGGCCGCGUCAGGCGGUGGCUGAAGAAGGACAGGCAGGCCCAUCCCAAUGCGAUCGAGCCCCAGGGCCUGUUCCCCUGGGGCUCUGGCUUCGUCUACCCCUUCACGACCAACAUCACGACGGCGGGGGACGCCCUGCUGACGAUCGACGCCGGCCUGAGCGUGCCGGUCCGCUGGUGGUGGUACCGCAUCAUCCCUUGGGUGCUCAAGUUCCAGGUCACAGACAGCACAGGAAAUGGCGCCACCGGAUCAAUCGCCGUCUUCAUCAACCCCUUCUGA